GGAUCCCUUGGAAAAGGAAAGAUUUGUUGUUUUGAUAAACCUAAGCAAGGCAGUACAUAUAUACAUACAAAAACAAAACAAUGAUUAGGAGUUACCCACAAAAUGAUAAACCUCUUGAAAAUGAGAACAACUUGUAUUGCCAUAGGUUUGUUCGUCACGGUGGUAUUUUGUGUCAAUAACAUAAGAACGUAUGGAAAAAAGUUAACGUGUGUCCUUAUAUUAUUGGUAUGUGACUUCACUUGGUGGUGAACUUGUACCGUGCAAGUCAUUCUCCGUGAAAAUAUGACGAAAUUAGAAUAUAGGGAAAAAGUUUGUCAAAAAGACCAAAAUCAUGCUCAAGUAUUGAGAGAAACUUCUCUACACCUGGGAUCUCAUUAUGGUGUUUUAAACCAAUGAUACAAUAUCACAUCAGAAAGCUGCAUUUUGUUGUCCAAUAGCAUCCUGGGUAUAGUGAAGGGCAAAAUCUUGGGUGAAACCGUUCUCUCUCUCUUUCAACAUGUGGCGUGGCACAAACCGUUUGUAGUUCUGUGCAUGUGAUAACCGUUUAGGGGUUUUACUCUAUUGGUUUUCGUAAAUAAAAAGUCACGUGACUAACCAAGUCAAUCCACAAGUAUUUUCAACCUGGGCCUUUUCCAUGUGUUUCGGAUAGGCUGAGACUGUAGAGCCCUUGUUGAACUGAAGUACUAUAACCCAUGCGAAUCUGCAAAGAACAAAGUUUUGUGCUUUUUGCACGUACUGUGUAAAUUAAGAGAGAGAGAGAAAAAAACUGGUGCGAGUGGGAACAAAGGGGCCGCAAAUCCACGUGAAGCCGCACACUAGCACUGCAGAGGCCCUCACCGCCCCUAUAAAACCUCCGUUUGUUGAACAGAAGAGGAAGAGAGGGCUUUGUGUUCAUCAGCCAUCACUCUCUCUCCUCUCUCUCCUCUCUCUCUCUCCCCGCCAAUACAGGUGAGCCACCACCACCUCCAUCAUCAUAUCAUAUCAUCGUUCUGCAUAGAUUCUCGUUUAAUCUCCAAUGGAGCCAGAACCAGCUCCCAGAAAGAGGAGAUUCAUACCGAAAGCUGCCCCGCGCCGGGUUCCAAAACCUGAAAUCAAAAUCGAAGCGGACCAUGUGACGGAGGAGUCUGAUGCUGAAAAGGCUAGGGAACUGCUGAAACGAUUCAGUGAAAGAUCAAUACACGCAAGGCCGAAAGAUGAAAAGAAAUUGGCGCCUACACAAAUUGCAUUUGGUGGUGCUGCAUCCACAUCCGUGAAAGUGUAUGGUGCUCACAAAGGCGGGAGUACUUCAGCCACUGAUGCUGCUGCCUCGGGCAUGAAAGUGGAGAAAGAAUAUGGUUCGCCAUGGAAUCAGUACAGUUAUUACCCUGUAACUCUUCCUCUCAGACCGCCAUAUUCUGGUGAUCCUGAAAUUCGUAAUCAGGAAGAAUUUGGAGUCGGUUCAGAGGAGUCAACUUACGAUGAAAACUCAACAAAACCGGCAAAUGAUCUUGAUCUAUUGGAGGAAAAUAAAGCAACAAGUAUGUUCUUUCUUCAGUUACCACAGUAUCUGCCUACAAUGAAACGAUCAGCUACAGCAGAUGGCCCUGAGGCAACAAAAAGCUCAGGGCCACCGGGAAGCAGGCACAAUAUGCAGAAGUUUUGUGCUUUGUCUGAUUUACCACCUGGCCACAUGGGUAAGAUGCUGGUGUACAGAAGCGGUGCUAUCAAGCUGAAACUAGGAGAUACCCUUUUCGAUGUCUCCUCAGGAAUGAAGUGUGGUUUUGCCCAGGAUCUUGUGGUUACUAAUGAGAACGAGAAGGGAUUUGGUAUUAUCGGCGAGCUGAACAAGCGAGCCAUUGCAACCCCAGAUAUCGAUUCCAUUUUGGAAAGUGUAGAUGGUUUAUUCUAGUGUUUUUUUGCCCAUUUACGAAUACAGUUUUGGUGUGUGAGAGUGAAAAAUUGCGGCACUUUCUUCAUUCGACAUUAUCCGAGAAAAUAGAUGACAAGUUCCAAUAGGUAAGGCUAAAUACCUUGAUAAUAUGCUGAAGAGUGGAGUGUUUCAAGUGAACGUAUUGCAACUAACGCUCUCUAUUCUGAUGGUAUUGAAAUAAAUCCAUAUUCUUUGUGUGCUUGCUAA